UCACUGAAACCUACUUUGGAACUUGGGCCCAAUCAUCUUCAAACUGUUGGAAUUCUUGUGCUUUCUUUCUGAAGUAGCAACAAUUGAGUCCUAAUUUAUUUCCUAUAUUCUUAUACGUAUAACUCUGUAAACGUAUAAGCUAUUUCUAGUUCCUCACUUAUAGCCAUCAGAUGUAAGAAAGACCUCACUAGCAUUGGUAAUGGCAGUUGAGCAGUCUCUUGAGACAUCUGCUGCCUCCAACACUGAUGAUGGAAAGAUAAGAACUGGAACUGUGUGGACAUGCAUAGCUCAUAUCAUAACUGGAGUCAUUGGCGCUGGUGUGCUAUCCUUGGCCUGGAGCACUGCACAAUUGGGAUGGAUUGCGGGGCCAUUGGCCAUGAUUUGCUUUGCCUUCGUCACCUAUAUCUCUGCCUUCAUGCUCUCAGAGUGUUAUCGAUCUCCACAUCCGGUGUACGGUGCAAGAAACUACUCAUACAUGGAUGCAGUUAAAAAGACCUUAGGAAAGAAACACACUUUGUUUUGUGGUUUUCUGCAAUAUUUGAGCUUGUUUGGAACUUCUACUGCAUACGUUAUCACUACUGCAACUUGUAUGAGAGCAAUUCAGAGAUCAAAUUGUUAUCACAAGGAAGGGCACAGUGCUCCAUGUUCGGGUGGAGAUAGCUUUUUUAUGUUGAUGUUUGGUGUUGUACAGAUUUUCGUCUCCCAGAUUCCAGAUUUUCACAAUAUGCAAUGGCUAUCUGUUGUUGCUGCAACCAUGUCAUUCACCUACUCUUUCAUUGGAUUCGGGUUGGGCCUUGCCAAAGUGAUUGGUAAUGGAAGGAUCAAUGGAGGGAUAGGUGGGGUUCACACAGCAUCCGUUCACACAGCAUCUACAGCACAGAAAGUCUGGAAAGUUUCCCAAGCCAUUGGGGACGUAGCAUUUGCUUAUCCAUACUCUAUAAUUGUCAUAGAAAUACAAGAUACUUUGAAGUCUCCACCUCAAGAACACCAGACAAUGAAGAAAGCUUCCAUGGCGUCCAUCAUCAUCACCACCUUCUUCUAUCUCUGCUGUGGAUGCUUUGGCUAUGCCGCCUUUGGUGAUGAUACCCCAGGAAAUCUCUUAACUGGAUUUGGAUUCUAUGAACCAUACUGGCUCGUAGACUUAGCCAAUUCUUGCAUCAUACUUCACCUGAUUGGAGGCUAUCAGGUAUUCAGCCAGCCAAUCUUUGCAUUUUUUGAGCGACAGUUCUCGGAAAAACUUCCAUCGAGCUGGACAUUGACGAAUUGCUUCCACAGAAUUCAUCUUCCAUUCUUACCAUCAUUUAGAAUAAAUCUGUUCCGAAUCUUUUUUAGAACACUCUACGUUGCAUCAACUACAGGGCUUGCAUUGGGCUUCCCAUACUUCAAUCAGGUGCUGGCACUGCUUGGAGCCAUUAGCUUCUGGCCGUUAGCAAUAUAUUUUCCUGUGGAAAUGUAUUCUGUGCAGAAGAAGAUUGCACCCUGGACUUCGAGGUGGUUCGUGCUCCAGGCCUUCAGUGUUGGAUGUUUGCUUGUGAGCAUUUUUGCUUUGAUUGGAUCCAUUGAAGGUCUCUUUAGUCAGAGACUUUAGAGAAUGGAGAUCGUUGUAUAUGAAGCUGUAAUGUAUUUGUUUUUUUCAAAAAAGGAAUGAUAUGCAGGCUUUUCUUUUCUGAAUUGUGAACGAGUUUUUUUUUUUGGCAAGAGGCCAUGUAGA